AUGGAUUUUGGGAGUGCCUAUGAGGGAAAUGAGGGUAGUAGAGGCAGUGGUUACAUUGGAGUGGCGAUUGGGGUGAUAUUGGGCUUGGUUGCUUUAGGGGGAGAUGUAUACUCCCUCCUUGGUCAUGGAACAAGAGACUAG